AUAAGGCAAUUUGUUGAAAAUACCGAGUUUGAGAAAUAUAUUUCAGACAUGCUGUGAAAGUCUAACGUUAAGUUUUGUGUAAAAUGUCCAAACAAAAUUCCGUGUGAAAUUCGUACAUCAAAAUUAAGGUUAGUUAAGCGCGCACACCACAACACCACCAACAACAUAGGCAAUUUUAGUUGACCAACCAUCAGAAGGGGGACGAGAGGCAGCUUAAUUGGAAUAUCGAACUGUUGAGCAUUGAAAAUGGCGCAGCAACAGCAGCAGCAGGAGCAACCACAGUUAUCCGAGGCAACAGCCUUAAGGUUGUUGCACAGUGUUGUUGCCGGCACGACAAUGCAACAGGCGCAACAACAACAGCAGCAGCAGCAACAACAACAGCAACCAUUGCAGUUGGAAGCAAGCAAUGCUUGUGGCAAUGCCACAGCUGGUUGCAGCAACGGCGGCGUCGGUGGUGUUGCUGCCACACAGCUGGCACUCGUAUUGCCAACAAGCAACAGCAGCAGCAGCGCAUCAGCAACAGCAACAGCAACAACAACAGCGGCAACAUUGGCAACGGGAACAGCAACGGUAACGGGAAUGGGAACGGUAACGGGACACGGACAAGCGUCACAGGAGAGCGUUCACUCGGCCAAUGAAUUUGGCAACUCGUGCCGCAUUUGCCGAUGGAAUCGUCUCGACAUGGAGAUCAUUAACUGUCCCUGCAAAUGCAAAGGCAGCGUGGGCUACAUACAUAUGAAGUGCUUGAAACGCUGGAUAAUGCAUCGACGCGAUAAUCGCUGUGAGAUCUGUAAUGCCCCAUUCAAUAUCACAGCGGAUCGGGCGAGCUUUAAGCAGAUGGUUCGUGCAUUCUGUUGCGGUCGUUGCUGUGGCAUGAUCGUGAAGCAUGUGCUGUUCAGUGCCUCGUUAAUGCCACUCGCCCAUGUGAUAUUGCAGCAGGUAUUGCAUUGUAUGGACAAUUUGAAUCAGGGCAGCACCGAACAGCUAACGGUACAGGAGGUAUUUGUCGCAUCAUGUGCAUUGCUCACAUCCAGCGCUUUAUUCUUUCACUUCUUUGAGUUUGUGACGACCCGUUUUCUGCUCAUACGCAAUAUAUUGCGACAUUGGUGGAUGUUUGGCAGUACCAACGAUUUUGGUCUCGUUGAGGUCGAAGAUGAUGCAUUUGAUCUAUUUUGACAUGACAUUGAUUCCUAAGCCUAACUAACAGACCAACGACAAACAACAACAACACCAACAACACCGACACCAACAACAACAACCACACCCUCGGUAUCAUAACAAAAUUGUCAAGUUUUAAUCAAUAAAAAAGACUCAUUCAUAACGGCA